UCUGUUUUGACAAGACGACGAUGGCUGCUUCUGGCAUUGUCAGAUUUGGCAGACGAUUUUCUAAACAUUUAUUGUCAACAGGCCUGAAGGAACCUAAUAAGAUAACAGAAAAUGGGCAAUAUAUAGCAAGAACAUUCUUCACAAAAUGUGCAGACCAAGCAUCAACACCAGUUUUGAUGCCUGCUCUAUCUCCUACAAUGUCAGAAGGAACUAUUGUCAAAUGGCUGAAAAAGGAAGGUGAGUCUGUGGUGCCAGGUGAUGUGUUAUGUGAGAUUCAGACAGACAAAGCUGUGGUCAGCAUGGAGGUAGAUGAUGAAGGAAUCCUGGCUAAAAUACUUAAACCUGAAAAUACUGCAGACAUAAAGAUUGGAACAUUGAUUGCUGUGAUGGUAGAAGAAGGGGAUGAUUGGAGGUCAGUAGAGAUACCUGUAGAGUCUGAUUCAACACAGAAAGAACCAGUUUCCACAUCACAAAAGUCACCGUCAACAGAAGACCACACUACAACAACUAAAAGUUCACACACAGAGUUAUCGAUAGGACCGUCUGUUAGGAAACUUUUAGAAGAGUACAAUAUAACAGCAGCAACAGUUCAGCCAUCUGGUCCUCAUGGUAGACUUCUCAAAGGGGACAUACUGAAAUAUGUAAAAUCUAAUAGUUUGUCCAAGCAAGAUCUCGGGACUAUCUCAAAGACACCUAGCAAGGAGGAAGUUAUCCAAACUAGCCAGUCUACUACUACAUUUGUUCCUGGAGAAGAGGAGGAGUUUAUAGAUAUUCCUUUAACUAACAUGAGAAGAACAAUAGCCAGGCGACUGACUGAAUCUAAAAUGACAAUACCACAUUCAUAUAUUUCAAUAGAGAGCAAUAUAAAAGCAGUUUCUCAUCUAAGGAAACAGUUAUUAGGUGAAGGAAUCAAAGUAUCAAUGAAUGAUUUUAUAAUAAAGGCAUCAGCUAUAGCUUUACAGAGAGUUCCAGCACUGAAUGCAGUUUGGCAAGGAGAGGAAGUGAAAAUGUCUGGUAAUGUUGAUAUAAGUGUUGCUGUGGCAACUGAUCAGGGGCUCAUCACUCCAAUUAUAAAGAAUGCAGCAUAUCUAGCAGUGGAUGAAAUAUCCAGUUCUAUAAAGGAUCUUGCCGUCAGAGCAAGAGAAGGUAAACUACAGCUGCAUGAAUUUCAAGGUGGAACUUUUACAAUAUCUAAUUUAGGCAUGUUUGGAAUUAGUGAAUUUACUGCAGUUAUUAACCCACCACAGACUGCUAUUAUGGCCAUAGGGUCAUCACGUCUUGUAGCUGGUGAAGAUGGGCAGUCCCAGACUAAUAUGACUGUGACAGUGUCUUAUGAUAGUCGUGCUAUUGAUGAAACAAACGCUUCACAAUUCUUAGAAGUUUUUAAAGAAGUAAUGGAGAGUCCUAGUUUAAUGAUUGUUGGAAGUUCAUUAUCAUCAACACUUAAAGUAGCUGGUUCAUAUUAGAUCUGAAAAUAUUUGAAGUAAUUGCAAGAAAUAAUUGAACAGGAUACAAUCAUACAUUAACCUUCAAUAGGUUAUCAUGUUCUAUGGUUUUUGACAUAAUAUGUGAAAUUAGAAUGCUUCCAGCAAAUCUAUUGUUAAUUUUUUGAGAUAAUAUUUUAGAUUUUUCAGUGUUGAUGUACUAUAGAAAGAUAGUAGUCACCUCAAUAUUUCAGCUCAAAUAAAGACCAUGGUUUGUCUGUCAUAUUGUAUUUGUGAUAAAAUAUUAUCAGUGGUUCCAAGAAUAGUGAUUGUACUGAAGAUCAUCAACAAAAUGUCUUAAGAUAAUCAGGCAGUUUAGAUUUAUAUAGGAUAGUUUGUGGUAAUGUCACUUGUUUGGUUGCAAAUUUUAUGAAAUUCAGCAAUGAGAAUACAUUAAAUAUGCUUUUUCUUAGAUUGAAUUCAGAAUUAGUUGCAAAUUGUAACAAAGUUAUCAAAGUUUAAAAUCGUAACUAAUGAAUUGUUUUAUUGCUAACCAAUAAAUUAUAAUAUAUCAUGGAA